AAAUAAGGAAGUUGCAGGUUAGGUUUUAGGUUAAGGUUAUGUUCUCGUUUCACAUAUUUGCAUUUGCAUUCACAACAAAAAUAAAUUGAAUAUAUUUGACCAGAGAAAGAUAACAUAAAUAAAUAAAAUAACAUGACUUCCAAUGAGUAUUUGUUAACUUCCUCAGAAGCAUCCCAACAAUUUUCCAUUAGUUUGUGGGAUUACAAAACCAUUAAUGUUCAGAGAUAUUACAGAAAUGGAGGUGUAGUACAUACAAAGUGUUUGGGUAUAUUAGGACAAGAUUAUAUUUUGACUGCUGAACAAGGAAAGCCGCUUUUGCACGUUUGGCCUUUGAAUAGUCAGGACUUGGCUAAAAAUAUCAGGCUCAUCUUACCAGAACCAGCAACUUGCAUGGAUAUUUGUCCUCGCAGUGUCUAUUUGGCAGUUGGAAUCCAACGAAAAAUAUAUGUUUGGCACAUGUCAUCUGGAAAGUUAUUGUCACUUCAGGAAGGGAGUUAUCAGUCAAUAACUUGCAUAAAGUUUUCAAGUGAUGGAUAUUUCUUAUUGAUAGGAGGGAAUAAUGGAUCACUGAUCACUUAUAAUUUUAGCGAAAUGAUAAGGAUUACCAACAACUUUCUCUCUCAGUCAGAUAUUGGACAAGCUGAGCCUUGUUAUGAGAAAAAUGAUCACUCCAUGUCGAUUACAGAUAUACAUGUUGGUCAGUUUGGCAGAAAGGCUCGAUUUGCUACUGUAUCACAAGAUGGAACAUGUUUCAUUUACAGUCUGCUAAAAGGUGAACUACUGCUGAACUUGGUGUUUGGAGAUCAGUUAACUAGUGUAGUUUUUGACAAUCCAUGUUUGCAGUUGAUUGUAGGCACAGAACAUGGAGAUAUCAAGGCAUUUUAUUUAAACAACCCACCCAAAACUCUGUCAUAUCAUUUCGAUGAAAAAUCAGGAGUAUUGUUCAGGGGUCACCAGAAAAAGAUAGUGUGCAUGGCUGUUAAUCUUUCCCAAACAGUCUUAGCUUCUGGCAGUGAAGAUAAUUUCGUCAUCACUUGGGAUAUGAAGAGCGGAAAGAUUCUAAAAAAAAUUGAGCAUAAAGCUGUUAUCACAAACAUCAAGUUUGUGAUGGCUUUCAAGAAUUUUUCGACUGAAACCCUCAAGCCACAAAUAACAUCAAGAAACUUCACAGUUUCUAAAAUUCAAACUGAAGAUAUUGUAUUAAGCGAUGAGGAAACCUCAUCAACAAGUUGUAGCAGCAACGACUUGUUGAGAGAAAAUAGGGAUUUACGAAUUAGUAAUAUGCAGUUGUUCCAGGCUGCUAUGAAAAUAGCUAGAGAAUAUGGUUUUAAAAAUGUGGACACUUGAUCUGUGAAGAACGUGUAUUUUUUAAAAUGACUGAAGAAUUUCUUUUUGUGACUUACAUAGGUUUUAAAAUAUGAGUUAAAUCAAUGAAAAAUUCAUUGAAUGAUAUUAAUAAGUUAGAAAUAUGUAUUGAAGUUGAAGUAAAUACUGUUACAUAUUUUUUUCUCUCUGGAAUUACUUUGUGACAUAUGAAAUUGAACUCGUGCAUCUUUCAUGUAUGAAACUCAUUUAUGCUCUACUUUUGAAGUUAUCUCUUGAUGAGGGAAAAAUAUAAUCAUAACUACAAAUCCUAAA